AUGUCAAAGUCUGACAGGGUUGUUUUAGCUCUUGGAGGAGCGGGGACAGUGGGCUCUGGGAUAGUUAAAGGACUGCUGGAUAAAGGUUUCAAAGUCGCAGUGAUCUCCAGGGACAGCAGCCGGCUCGAGAGGCUCCGGUCAUUCGUCUCUCCCAACACAAAGGAUAACCUCACCACUAUAGUGGGGAAUGUGGGGUCAGAGGAGGGAGCAGAGCAGGCAAAGCAGGCCCUGCUGAAGGCGGUGGGGAAGGUGACAGAUAUUGUUUCCUCUCUGGGCUUCAGCUGGUGGCAGGGAGGACCCCCACACACUCAGACUCUCAAAGACCUGAACUGGGUAAUUGAGACAUUACUUUUCAGCACAUUUGUGGCAUGGAAGGCCUUCUUCCCCUUGGUGAGGGAUGACUCCAGCUGCACAUACACCUUCAUCACAGGGGGAGCAGGGGAGAAGUUGCUGAUGCCUGGCACUGGUUUCCUGACCGUAGGAGCUGCCAGCACCCUGGCCUUCUGCCAGGUACUACGAGAGGAGUACCCCGAGGUGCCCUGCAAACUCAACCAGGUGAAGAUCAACACAGGUGUAGCCACUCCGGAGCGGAUGGCCCCUGGGUACCUGAACCACCUGGACCUGGGCGAGGCUGUUGCCACCCUGGUGGAAAGACGGAACACCUCUCACACCACCUUCACCGUCAACUGCCCCGCAGACUUAAAAACUGUCCUUCUGGAGGGGAACCUUUAG